AUGAAGGCCAUGCUUUUUCAAUCCAUCUUCUUUGCAGCUCUAUCUGGGGUUCCCCUCGUUGCCUCGGCUGCCCUCCCAAAGCGCGGCAGCUCCUUAGAACUUGUCAACGGUCCCUUCUUCACCUUUCACUAUAAAACCGAUCGACCCUCGGAGAAGAAUUGGAUUGGUAUCUACAGUAUUUAUGGCGAGGGUCCUGGCAAAGAGCACUCUAUAUAUUGGGACUGGAUGCGUGAAUCGGAAGAGACCAAGCGAAUUGAUGACACCCAUUUCAACUGGGGCGCCUAUAAAGCCUACCUCCUGGCUGAGAGUGGGUACACGGUGCUUGCUGGUCCCAUUGACAUUUUCCUUUCCGGUGACGGACCUGUCUCGUUUAAUAUUGAAAAAUUCACGACUAAGAAUGCCCGUGAAGGAGAAAAGUUCGAAACUCGGGUGAGCGGCCUUUUACACCACGCCCCGGACCCCAACACCAAGUAUAGCAAGGAAAGCUCUGACGCCGACUGGGUCAGCGUAUCCGAGGAUGGUAUCAUUUCUGGAAUCCCCAGUGGUAGUGGUAGCUCUACAGUCACCAUUCGAGCUACUGCUUCCGACAGAUCUACUGCUACCAUCGACGUCACUGUUCCAGUAGUUGCCUCUGGCAAACCCCUUGUCACUGAGCUCAAAGUUCUGUCCCUGAAUCUUUGGUACGGAGGCACUAAGGUCAAAGAUUACAACCGCAAGCAGAUUUUUGCCAUUGCCAACUCUGGUGCCGACAUUGUCGGUCUCCAAGAAAGCACCCACGGCCACGCAACUCAGAUUGCAGACGCGCUUGGUUGGCAAUCAUGGCAGGGUGUGGACUCCAGCAUCAUCAGCCGUUAUCCCAUAUCGGAAAGGUAUGGCGCAGUUACCGAAACCAGUGUUGCCGUGCGAGUCGCUCUCGACGGUGACAACAAUCAGGUCAUCCUCCACAACUGCCACCCUUACGCCUACCCCUAUGGCCCUUAUGAUCCUUGCUUCAACGAAAAAGAUGCCGACGCCAUAAUGAACACUGAGAAAAGAGCCAGCCGUGCCCGCCAGAUUCAAAAUAUUGUUGGCGCUAUGGCAGGCGCCCUCGACAACGCCGACAAAGUCCCUGUGCUUCUUACCGGCGACUUCAACGCGCCCUCUCAUCUCGACUGGACCGAUGCGACAAACUCCUCUCACUGUGGAAUUGGGCAGUUCGACUGGCCCACCUCUAAGGUGCCUAUUGACGCUGGCUUAAUCGACGCCUACCGCAAGCUCCAUCCAGAUCCUGCCGCGGACCCGGCUACCACUUGGUCUCCCAUCUACCUAAAAAAUGAUGAUUACAAUGGCCGCAGGGAGCCCAUGGAUCGCAUCGACUUUAUCUACUAUAAGGGAAAUUUGACUCCCGAAAAGUCUGAAACCUACAUGGUGGGCAACCCUAAGCCCGAGCCGAACCACUCCGAUAACGAGUGGCCCACCGAUCACAAGGGCGUCCUUGUGACAUUUAAGAUUUCACCUCCACCUAACAUCCAAAUACAUGGAGUUUUAAGUCGCUCCAGGCCUUUGGAUUUGUGA